GAUCUGUGAAAACAAUUUUUUUGCACUACUUUGAGUCAUUCGCACUCUAAUUCAUCUUAGAAUUUCGUAAAGUGGCUCGAAUUUCCUGUAAAACGUAUCGUACGGGACGGCUGUACAUGCACGCCAUGCUCGUCUCUCUGUUACUUUUCCAUGGCAGGAGGCGGUUGAGAAAGCUCUUUACUUCAACAAUUUACAUAUGUUCGCAAUUAUGUUACCUAAUAUCCAAUUUGGUAUAAAUUCUUACGAAUGAAAAAGAAAAAUCUAAAACGAUCUGUAAAUAACAAGGUACUAGAUUCCAUGUUAAGAAUCAUCUGUGCUUAACUAAAUAUAACCCAGAGCGUCAUAUUUAGGCCACAUGACGGGGCGUCCUUGUACCCAUCACUUCAAUUCACAGCUCAUGUUCAAUCCAGUCCAAAAAAGAUUAUGAAGGUGAACAAUGGUAGAGAGGUACUGGUUAGAAAGAAGAUUUGCAGGAUGUAUCUGUUAGAAAAAAAGAUCACGGCAUGGAAAUGUUCCUAUGUAUUGUGUGGGACGAUUUUCAUUCUCAUGGUUUUCGUAAUCCACAUGAGAUUUAACAGGGAAUUCAACAUAGAGACUGUGAUUUCAUCGACUGGUAGUAUUUGCCAGGGGAGGCGGAUCUACAUGUACAAUUUGCCGGAGAAAUUCAACAGUUUGUUGCUGAAAAACUGCAGCGGGCAGAUUGUUCCGUGGCUCAAUUUUUGCCCCCACGCCCAAAAUGACGGCUUUGGAAGCGCAAUAGGUAAUCACAGUGGGUGGUACGCCUCGGAUUUGUACAUGGUGGAGCUCGUCUUUCACAGACGGAUGAUGGAAUACCCAUGCCUGGUGGAUUCCAUGGAGUCGGCUGAUGCGUUUUUUGUGCCGUAUUAUAGUGGUCUGGAUGCGUUGCGGUUUCUCUACGGGCCUGAGAAAAUCCGGAGGAGUGAGCAGGGGGCGGAGCUCGUGGAUUGGCUGGAGGAAAACGGCGGGUGGAGGUGGAGGAAAAAGGGAGGCGCGGAUCAUUUUAUUGUAACGGGUCGGACCGUGUGGGAUCUGUGUGAGGUUAGCCGUGAGUGGGGCACGGGUCUGUUGGAGCUCGAGGCAUUGGAGAAUGUGACGGUGCUUUGCGUUGAGGGGAGAACGUGGGUCACCCGUGAACAGGCCGUUCCGUACCUGACGUCGUUUCAUCCGGAGUCGGUCGAAGAGGUGGGAAAAUGGAGGGGCCGGGUUGAAUCGGCGGAGAGGAUUUCUUUGUUUGCAUUUGUCGGCGGGGAGCGGAAAGAAGUGGGGCUGAGGCAGGCGAUCAUAUGGCAGUGUAGGAAUUCGUCGAGGUGUGAUUUUUUGAACUGUGGGGAGAUCAAGUGCAGUCACAGGCCGGUGGCGGUGAUGGAGAAGUUGUUGACGGCGGAGUUUUGUUUGCAGCCGCCUGGUGAUUCCCCCACCCGACGGUCCACAUUCGAUGGCUUGAUUGCCGGGUGUAUUCCGGUGUUUUUCAGGAAUGAUUCUGCGUAUCAGCAAUAUACGUGGCAUCUUCCCAGGGAUACGGAUUCGUAUUCUGUGUUUAUACCUGAAGAAAGGGUUGUUCAUGGAGGACUGAGAAUUGAAGAUGUGCUGGAUUCUUAUUCGAGGGAGAGGAGGAGGAAAAUGAGAGAGAAUAUUGUUGGGAUUAUUCCGCAGUUGAUUUACAUGAACAUUGGGGCUUCUCGGGGUGUUUUGAAGGAUGCUUUUGAUGUGAGUUUAGAGGGCGUUCUUCGUAGUGCUGGGCAAGCCAGUGUUACAGUUCCAUAGUUCUUCAAUUUAACUGGUACAGACUACAAACUCCAGACUACAGAGUAUUCUUUUGUUUACUGUGUUAUGAAAAUUUGGUUUGGUUAGUAAAUAGAGAAAUAGAAAUAUAGUCAAUUCAUUGUGAAAUCAAGAGCACCGACAGAAUAAGAUUGUCCGUGCACUAUUAGGUGACAGCUACAGAGUGGUACCAAAAUGUGUGGAGCACCACCAUGUAUGGCUUUUAACUUGUUAUUGGAAUUCGAUAUAUUCUUUCCGCGCCAUUGUUCCCUGGAUAGGCUGGUGAUGUGUCUGUAAUGAAUGUGAUAUGACACCAAUCUUCUGAAUUACCUGUUUCAGUAUUAGGUAGAAUACACCAUCAAAGAUCACAGAUUUUUACAAUUCAAGAAUGUAAUCUGAAUUUAGUUUCACAUGUAUGAUAUUUUUUAAAUCAAUAUUUCAGAUCACAUUUCAUGAUCUAUCAUGAAGAUGAUAGAUCAUUUUAUUUUGUUUUA